AUGGGCGAAGAGGAAGAUGGAAGGCCGCCUAGGCCUUCUACAUCGAUUUCACUCACCCAGGGAUAUUAUGGAACUGUAAAUCCAUAUAAUCUGCCAUAUAUGAUGCCUUCAAAUACAUAUCGACAUCCAUAUCCAUAUGCUUGGGGUAGCCAGCAUUCGGCGAUGCCACCAUGUGUGCCAAAUAUGCCGUACCCACAUUGCGCAAGUGAGUCAUCAACUAUGCCAUCCAAUGUUGUAGGUGAAAAGAAUUUAGGAGAAACUUCGUCCGACAUAAAUAUAGAGCCAGAUCCAGAGGGGAUGAAUGAAGUAUCAGAUGAUGAUAAUAGAGUCGAGCCUCCAAAGUCUGGUAUGCAAUUUUCUACUGAUAAAGAGGUUUUAGACUAUUACAAACGAUACGCCAAACAAGAGGGUUUUGGUGUUAUCAUAAAAAGGACGAAGAGAGAUCUGGAUGGGGAUGCGAAGUAUGUGACCAUUGGUUGUGCACGUGGCGGCAGGUACUAUCCUAGCCACAGUAAUCUAUCAAAGCCACGACCAACGACAAAAACUGAUUGUAAGGCAAAGAUAAAUACUCGCUUUGUGAAUGGGGUAUGGGUGUUGAUCAGUGUUGAUCUUGUUCAUAAUCACAGUACAGUUAGCUCACAAAAAUCUAGAUUACAGGCUUGA